GGAUAGGAGAAGGGAAGUUAGUUUCACUCAGAUUCUGGGAAUUGAAUGUAGGUUUCGUUGAAGGUUGUUACUAAUAUAGUGAUCUAUAAUAGUAUGUUUGCAAUCCCAUAAAUGAUCCCGAUCUACUGAAAUGUUGUGUCUGAACGGCGUUUUAUUGUUUUGGACUCUCUGUCAUGUCAUCAGACAAGCAUGGUCUGAGGAGGAGCUGUCAUCUCCACGGGACGUGCGCGUUGACUCUGCUGUGCAUUGGAGCCCCGCCACAGACAGGCCAGGGAUAAAGUACACGGUUCAGUACAGGACUGACCUCGAGAAGUGGCACAACAUUUCAGGCUGUGUUCAGACCGAGCUCACCACCUGUAAUAUACAGUCUGGAUGUGUGAUGGUGCGAGUCCUGGCUCAGGAAGGGAACCGCACAUCCAGAUCAGUCGAAGCCUGUCGACAUGCUGAUUCUUGCAGCCCUGAAGUCCAGUUGACCUCCAAGGAAGGACUUCUGAUGGUCCACAUGGUAAAGAACAACCGUCUACUGGAGGAUAAUGGAGACCAUUUUGAAUACCACGUUCAAUAUGGCCGAGACGGGGAGGAGCUCAAACAGGAUCUUUACACCUCCACAUCCCUUAAGACCAUCGAACGUCUGGAUGUGGGCCGGAGGUACUGUGUACAGGUCCGGUAUUUAUGUUACCAAAAACCCUUUGGAACCCCCAGUGUUCAACAUUGUGAGUCCAUCCCAGAGUCAGAACGGACACAGAAAAAGAAGAUUGUGGCGAUCGGUGUGACCUCUACCAUCCUGUUGGGUGUCAUGGUAGUGGGCCUUAUGCUCUUCAUCUACAGGCACCAUAAGAAAAUCAAACAGUUCCUUCAGCCCCCACUACGGUUACCAGACCACUAUUGUGAGUACCUGUCAGGGUGUUCCCCCAGCAGGCCCUGUCCCUCACAACCAGUCCCUGUGAAGACCGCCAUGAUAUCAUCUCCAUCAUCUGCCUUGAAGAGGACCUGAUUCCUGAGUCUGACAGAGAACAGGAUUAUGACUUACCUAAUGGACUGGAUUUCUUAGAUCAUUAUGAAUGAUCCUGUGACUUCAGACAUGAGACUUUUGCACUCCAUUAGGAUUUGAGAUUAACUUGAUAGCGUCAGAGCAUUAACUAGGGGCGGCAGGUAGCCUAGUGGUUAGCGUGUUGGGUCAGUCACCGAAAGGUUGCUGGAUCGAAUCCCGAGCUGACAAGGUAA